AUGGCGCAGUUACACAAAGACAGCAAGAUGUUAACAUCUGAAGGCGAUGUCGUUUCUCUGGAGACCUGCGAGGGCGACUCCCUGAGCCUGGGCUGUGCUGCUAAGAGCAGCCCCCAGGCCACCCUGAGCUGGACCAAUGUGAACGAGUCCCUGAGCCCCGGCCAGGGAGGGGCCGGGUGGCUGGAGCUGCCGAGUCUCAGCCCAGAGGACGCUGGGGAGUAUCGGUGCCGGGCGGAGAAUCCCUACGGCUCGGCCAGCAGGUCCCUGCGUGUGCUCGUGCAGUCCCCACUGAGGUCUCCGCAAAUCUCCGUGUCUCGAGCUAACAGCAGCGGCCCCCAGCAGUUCCCAGACCCUAGCACCGUGGUGGCAAACGGCUCCCAGCUCUCGGCCCAGGUGGGCGACUCCCUGCGGUUCCUCUGCUCCGUCCCCAGCUGCUCCCCUGCUAACCUGAGCUGGGAGCGGGGGGACCAAGGCAGGGCCCCCCGCGCGUGGGGGGAGAAUCCGCUGUGGCUGGAGCUGCCCAACGUGACGGCCCAGGACGGGGGGCUGUACCGGUGCCGGGCCCAGAGUGAGGAGAGCUCGGACUAUGGGACGUUCCAGCUGCUCAUUGAGUGCUGCGGAGCCGGAGGCCAGCGCCCCCCAUUACCGAGACUGAGGAGAUGGCCAACCAGCCUGAUCUACAGUAACAUCGCCACCAUCCCCAUGCCCCUGGAGGCGCCCGCCACGGAAUAUUCCGAGAUCCGGUUGAAGUAG